AUGGAGCUGAAGAAGGACGACAACGCCGUGGCCAUCGACAUGCUGCUGAUCGUGCACUCGGAGAAGCGGCGCGCCGCACACGGCGCGCACUCGGAACACCAGGCGGACUCGGGCGCGCCGCUGCAGCGCCGAGGAGGACUCCAAGGAGUCGGAAACGGAAUCCGGAAGUGGCAGAGAAUGGAAGCAAAUGACCUGCAUGACCGCCUGGCAGAGAAGCAGCACGCUCAGCAGACCCAGGUCAUCACUUCCUACGACAACCAAGGGACGCAGCUGACUGUGGAAGUCCAUCCUCGAGAUGCUGUACCCACGCUGUUCAAGAAGCUCUCUCUGGCUAAAUGUUUACAAGGUGACAAGAAUGGAAAUACAAGACCCCGGCAGCCUGGAGGAAAAGAUGCCCAUGCCUACCCCUGGGACCGAUCCAGCCUGAAGUCCAUGGCUCUGGACUUGCAGCAGUUUGAGAAACUAGACAUCCAUGCCUCACAGGUGACAGUCAAAAGUGGUCUGGAUGAGCUGGUGAGUGACCUGGUCCAGGAGGCCCACAGUGACCUGGAGAGGGUCCGCGCCGUCUGGAUCUGGAUCUGCCACCACAUAGAGUACGACAUCGUGGCCGCACAGGAGAAGGACCGCCAAGCCCUCAAGCUCACCGACAUCCUGCAGACCCAGAAGACGAACUGCGACGGCUAUGCCGGGCUGUUUGAGAAAAUGUGCAGGAUGGCUGGAGUGCAGUGCAUGACGGUGCCCGGCUACUCCAAGGGCUUUGGCUACCAGACGGGACAGAGCUUCACGGGAGAAUUCGACCACGCCUGGAACGCUGUGUACCUGGAGGGGAGAUGGCACCUGGUGGACAGCACCUGGGGCAGCGGCCUGGUGGACAAGACCACCUCCAAGUUCACCUUCCUCUACAAUGAAUUCUACUUCCUCACCCACCCUGCCCUGUUCAUCGAGGACCAUUUCCCGGACAACAAGAACUGGCAGCUGUUGAAGCCCCCGCAGUCCCUGAGGCAGUUUGAGGAGAGCAUGUAUCACAAGAGUGAAUUCUACAACAAGGGGAUGCUGAGCGCCCAUCCGGACUGCGCCGUGAUCAGAACAGUGAACGGGAAGGCCACGGUGACCAUCGAGAGCUGCGCCCCCACCCUCUUCAUGUUCAUGCUCAAUGGCAAACAGGAGCACGGGCUGCUGAGCCUCAGGAAAAACGGGAUGAAGCUGGAGGUGUACCCCCCAACCAUGGGCACCCACAAGCUGCAGAUCUUCGCCAAGGGCAACUCCGAGAUCUACAGCUCCGUGCUGGAAUACACCCUCAAGUGCAACUACGUGGACUUCGGGGCCCAGCUGCCCGCCGAGCUGCACCAGCCCGUGGGGCCCAGCUGGUUCUCCGAGCAGAUGGGCAUCCGGAAGCCCUCGCACCCAGACCCCAUCAUCCACACCAGUGACGGCCGCUGCUCCGUCAGCUUCGGCGUGGACGAGGGCAUCAGCGUCCUGGCCUCCCUGCACGGGGACAGUGGCCCUGUCACCGAGGAGACGCAGCGACGCUAUAUCUUCCAGUUGCACCGGGAGAAGCGCACGGAGCUCAAAGUCCAGCUGCCCCAAGCCGGCAAGUUUGCCCUCAAGAUCUUCGUCAAGAAGAGGCAAGAAGCGGGCAACUACGUGUUCGUGUUCAAUUACCUCCUGAGCUGCACCAACACCAAGGUGAACUGGCCCGUGUUCCCCGAGAGCUUUGGCAACUGGGGGCAGGACAAUGAGCUCCUGGAGCCCCUGUCCGGGGUGCUCCCCGCCAACCGGAAUGUCCCCUUCAAACUGAAGCUACACGGUGUCGCCAAGGCCCUGGUGAAGGGCCAGGACACCUGGCCACUGACCCUGAACCGCGAGGGAUACUGGGAGGGCAGCUGCAGCACGGCUGGCUGCCAGGAAGUGUACGUCAUGGUGCUGGAGAACGCCAACCACAACUUCUACUCCUACAUCCUCAAGUACAAGGUCAAUGCGCAGUGA